GUCGCGUAUCGCUAUGUGUAAAAAAUUCAGGUUAACUUCCACCCUGUUAGCCUCGUGUCUCCUCCUCCUAUGGCUCGUCACGCAAAGAUUGUGUGACGUGCCAUAAGGACGUUUGUGUAGAGGGUUAGCGCCGUGUUAGCCCGUGUGUUAAUCUCGUUCCCAGAUCUCUUGUAUAUUUACCUAGGCAACAAUGCCGCAAGGUACAGACGGGUAAUCUCAUUCCCAGAUCUGGGAACGAGAUUACGCGUGUGUGCCUUGUGGCAUUGUUGCCUAGGUAAAUAUAAUGAAGAAACUUUAUUAACUUCAUACCUCCUUGUAGGAUGAUUUCAAUGUGUCUUCCUACUGGAUGUCGCCUGACGAAAAAUGGGUUCUGUUGGCUUCCAACAAGAAAAAGUUGUACCGCAGAUCAUUCUUUGCAGAUUAUUACGCGCACUACCUGGAAAAUGGAACGACCUUUCGGAUCAUGCCACCUAAUCCAAAGAAGCAGAUUCAGCUGGCUUUAUGGGGCAACAAAGGCACUUCAAUAGGAUUGGUUCAAGACAAUAACAUCUAUUGGUUGGACAGAAUUGAAGGAAGCCUUCACACGAUCACUGAUAACGGAAAAGAAAACGAGUUAUUCAACGGCGUCCCUGAUUGGGUCUAUGAAGAGGACGUGACGCUUACAAAUAAAGCCAUGUGGUUUUCCCCAGAUGGUCGAUACCUUGUUUUCGCGCAAUCAAACGACACUCAAGUGAAGUGGUUCCCGUACAUGUGGUACGGUGAGAACGCCGACAUCUACACCACUGUUAAGAAGAUAGCUUACCCCAAGCCGGGCUCCCCUAAUCCUGUCGUUAAAGUCAAAAUGGUGGACUUGGAAAAUCUGCCAUCGGAUACGAACAAGGUUCCACCUACAACAGACCUUAAGCCGCCAGAGGAGUUUAAAGACAUUGAGCAUUAUUACACUAACGUGGCAUGGGCGUCAAACAGUAACGUAUUGGUUUGGUGGUUAAACCGGAUACAGGAUACAUCUGUUGCAUCCAUCUGUGACGCAACAUCCGGGAACUGCACUGAGAAUCAAAAACUGCAGGUCGCAAACGGCUGGGUGAAUACUAAGUCGUACUUGCCUCCAAGCCCUUGGUUCGCAAAAGACGGAUCGUAUUACUUGACUCUUGUACCGUCGUCUCAAGGAGAACAAGGAGAUUUUAUUCACCUGGCCAAAGUCAUGGUCCCUUCGCCAGGCAAAGAUAGCAUCACAUUUCUCACUUCUGGUACGUGGGAAGUAGUGCAGAUUUUGGCGUUUAAGAGAGAAACUGAGACAGUGUAUUUUCUAAGUACAGAGACGUCACCAAGAGAAAGACAUAUUUACAGAGUAAAUGUAAAGACAAAAGAAAAAGAAUGCCUCACGUGUUCACUGCCUUGGGCCGAAAAUGGCUAUUGCAAAUAUUUUUCUGCAAGCUUUAGUCAUGAUGCCAGCUGGUACAUUCUGUAUUGCAACGGUCCAAACGUUCCAAGGUCCACGUUACACAAAACCAGCUCCACUACUUGGUACAAAGAGCUUGAAAUGAAUCAAGAAUUGGAAGAGAAAAUGUCUGAACUGUCCAGUCCAAUAAGACGGAACUUUAUGAUACCCGCAGGGAAAUACGAAUUAACAGCCACGGAAUUUCUUCCUCCUAAUUUUGACGAAAACAAGAAAUAUGGUGUCCUUUUCGACGUGUAAGUAAAUAUUUUUUUGUCACCUUGGGUUAGGGUUAUUAGAACCUAGGGUUAGAGUUGGCUCAAGUUAGGAGGCUUAGAGUUCUUUACACUGAGAGGCUGGAGAGAAAUAAUUCCCUUGCGCAUCGACUAUUCCCAUGGGUGAGGAAAAUUCCGAGAAAUCCGAGACUUUUUACCGGCGUGUCAGAAAAAAAUAGGGUUAACACCUUGGGUUAGGGUUAGCUCAAAUUAGGGUUAGAUCAGAGUUCUCGCCUCUGACAGGCUGGAUGGAAAUAAUUCCCUUGCGUAUCGACUAUCCCCGUGGGAUGGGUAAGGGAAAUACCCAGAAAUAUUUUGAAAGAACGUUAACAACUACGGAGCA